UCGGCUCUCCCCUCCAGGCCAUGUGGGUCCCUGCCCGGCUCCUGCUCCUCCUCCCAGCCCUGCUGCCCCCAGCCAGCACCGCAGACCCGGACCAGCCCUGCCCUUCAGAGAUAAACAAGGUGAAGGACUUGCUGGAGGUGAACUGCACAGAGCAGGGUCUCAGCAAGGUGCCCUCAGGCCUGCCCAAGGAGACUGGCAUCCUGCUGCUCAGCACCAACCGCUUCACCUCCCUCGCCCUCUCCGACUUGGUGCCCCUGGCCCAGCUGCGGGACCUGGACCUGUCCCACAACGAGCUGGCGGCUCUGCACACUGGGCCCCUGCUGCAGACCCUGCAGGAGCUGAUUCUGUCCCACAACGAGCUGCAGGAGCUGCCCACCCUGCAGGGCCUGCCCUCGCUCACCCACCUGGCCCUGGCCCACAACCGCCUGGCAGCGCUGCCGCCGGGGGCGUUCCGCGCCGUGUCGCGGCUGCAGGACCUGGACCUGCGAGGGAACCAGCUGAGGACGCUGCCCCCCAGGGCCUUCGAAGGGCUGGGGGCACUCAAGGACUUGGACCUCUCGGACAACCUGCUGGAGGAGCUGCCGCAGGAGCUGCUGCAGGAGCUGCGGGCGCUGGUGACGCUGUGGCUGUCGGGGAACCGCCUGCGGAGCCUGCCCGACGGCUUCUUCCCCGAGGGGCACAUCUUCAUGUACGUCUUCCUCACCGAGAACCCCUGGCACUGCGACUGCAGCCUGCGCUACCUGCGCCUCUGGAUCCGCCACAACGAGGACAGCGUCUACCAGCCCGAGAGGGGCCUGGAGAAGACCAAGGUGGAGGUGGCCCCCGAGAAGGUUCUGUGCCACAGCCCCGCCGAGCACCGGCACAAACCUAUCCUCCACUUCCGACCCGACUGCGGCGCCGAGGGGGAUGCGGAUGAGGAGGAAGAGGAAGACUACUAUGAUGGGGAAGUGCCGGUGAAGAAAGCUGCCGCGGCCACCUCGCCCUCCUCUCGGCCCAGCCCCCAGGAGAGCACUGCUGUGACCCCACCUCUCCUCCCGGCCACCACCCCUCCCGUCAGCACCCCUCUGAGCGCCACCCUUGCCCCGAGCACGUUGUUGGCAAUGCUGACAAGCACCAGAGCCCCCAGUCCCACCACUCCUGUGCCCCCCAGUCCCACCCCCAGCACUGCUGCCAUUCCCAGCACUGCUCCCACCAGCACCCCACACAGACUCACCACCCUCACCUCCACCACCCCACUAACAACCACCAUGAGCACCACACACCCCAGUACCAGCAGCUGUCCCCACACCACCCUUGCCACCAGCACCACCACCACCUUCACCACUCCCACGGUGUCCACUGGCACUUUUGUCACCACCCCUAUGGCAGUGCCUUCCACAGCCAUGCCAGAGACCUCUUCCACUGUCAGAGCUCCACCUCCUCCUCUGACAUCCGCCACACCACUGCUCUCCAGCACCCUGCUUCCCACUCACACCCCACCAGCACCCCUGGGCACCACACACUUCACCCACCCUGCACCUUCCCCUGCCCCUGUCCCCCUCUGCCCAUGCUCCACCCAGGGACCAGCUGUGCUCUUGAUGCGCUCCCAGGCAGGGGCAGGGGGUCCGCAGUGGGGGCAGUGGGUGCUGAGGCACUGCUGCCUGUUGCACUGGGGGCUCUACCUGGCUGCCUUGGUCCUGCUUGUCCUGAUCAUGCUGGCCCUAGCAGGCUGCCUGGCAUGGAUGUGUCUGGUGGGACGGAGCUCCUGGCACAAGUCCUGGCAGACCCAAGAGGCUCAGUAUCCACUGCUGAACUGGAGGGAGUCAGCAGGAAGCCCUGAGGUGCAUCCCAGCAGCUCUGAGAGCCACAUCCAGCUCCACACCUUCUGUACCAUCAAGGAGGUAGAGCUGUGCCCCGAGGUCACUUACUGCACCAUCAAAGACCUGGGCUUCCAGCGCCCUCCUCCUGCACCUUCCUCCUUCCGCACCACAAAGGAGCUCUGGGUCCACCAUGGUCCUCCAGAGGCUUCAUUCAAAUCCUUCUCCAAGAAGCUGAUGGUGACAAACCUCAGCUCCCUGAGGACCCCUUCUGCUUACAGCCUGGACAGGGGGGUCAAGGCCAUGGGUGCUGUCAGAGUGAAAUACUCUGGCAACACCUUGUGAGGUGAGAGAGAGAGCCAGGGUGAACUCUGCUUGCCCAGGGAGAAGCCACCCAGCUCCUCCCUCCAGCAUCCAGCCCUCACUCCCACUGAGGUUCCUACAGCUGCAGUAAUCACCUGGGGACUUGGCAGGGACAGAAGAUGUCCAAGGCUGGGCAGCCACAGCUUGGAGCUGCCUCUGGCUGGUGUCAGGGUGAGUGUGGAGAACCCAAGCAAACUCUGUGCUCCCUGCCCCAGCUGCUUCUGGCCAGGUGAUGCCCAGGAGGCUGAGUGAUGCUCCUGGCCCAAGCCAGCUUGUUAAGCACAGAAUAAAUGUUCUCUU